AUGGCUUUCUAUGUAGAUGCACAUUGCCAUGUCUCGACGAAAACUACGUCUAAAGGAGGACCCAUGGAAUUGCCCAGUCUUCCUGUUCAGCGAUGCUUGAUGUCCAACAAUGGCUAUGAUUGGGGCAGGAUAAAAGAGUUGAAAUUUUCUAAUUCCGGAAACAAGGUAGGCUUUGGAAUUCACCCUUGGUACAGUCAUAUGUAUUAUAUUGACGAUCAGACCAAUCGGCUUUCGAAGGAAACCCACUACAAGUCUGUCUUGCACAGUUCCAACGUUUAUGAUCUGAAUCGGGUGAUUGAACAGCUGCCCGAGCCCGUCAGUUUAACACGGUAUAUUGCAGAAGAAUUCGACAGGUCAACUUGCGACUGUAUAGGCGAAAUUGGGCUGGACAAAUUAUUUAGGUUGCCGGAAAAUGGAUUUUAUCAAGGCGACAAGUCGGCUCCCCUAGGUCGAGUUAAAGUAAAAAUAGAGCAUCAGGUAAAAGUUUUCGAGCAGAUGUGUCAAUUAGCAGUUGCCCAUUCACUGCCAGUGUCAGUUCAUUGCGUGAAGUGCCCCAGUUUGAUGUACGAGCUGUGCAUGAAGCUCUUAUCACCGCACAGGGAAAUCAACGUCUGUCUCCACUCUUUCACGGGGUCCUUGGAGACGCUAGCUGGGAUGUGGCUCAAAAAUUUUCCAAACGAACGCUUGUUUUUCAGUCUUUCGCGCUAUAUCAAUUUCAAGAACCAUGAAUCUGCGUCAAAACUAUUGCAAGUACUCCCAUUAGAAUGUAUAUUAACAGAGACUGAUUUCACUUGGGAUACCGUCAGCGGAGAGCUUAUUCUGCGAGAAUUGGAUUUUCUUCUCUCACAGAUAGCUCAUAACUAUGCAAUGGACUCUCCAGAGCAGGCAAAGCAAAUGGUAUUUAAAAACUUUCAGAGAUUCAUUUAG